AAAGCGCCCUUUUCGAGUUCAGUACCAACUAUGGUUAAUUUACUCUAGAAAAAUGCACAUCAAGUCAAUUGUGAUUGACGGAUUUAAGUCCUAUGCUCAAAGAACUGAAAUAAAUGGCUUCGAUCCUCUUUUUAAUGCUAUAACUGGCCUUAAUGGAAGUGGAAAAUCGAACAUAUUGGAUUCUAUUUGUUUUCUGCUAGGAAUUUCAAAUUUGUCACAGGUCUGUUGUAUACAAACUUUGAACCGAACUAUAAACUGUAACUGUUUACUGAGUCAGUUACGUCAGUGUAGUGCACCGGUACCUUAGUCGUAGAGUAUUCAACCCUACUAAGACUAAUAAUUAGCUACUAAUACUAUACUAUACUUAAACUAUGUCUAUACUACUUACUAAAAAAAUGUCUAAAUCUGAGGACGAAUGCCAUGGCGUCUUUUGGGUGUUUAUUAUAAUUGCAGUGAAUUAGGGUUUAGGUUAGGUUGAGUGAUCGAUUUAGGGUUCAGGUUAGGCAUAGGGAUACAUUCGUGAAAUUCGAUAAAAUAGUGGCAUUGGUCCUCGUAAUUUACCCUAAAAAACUAUGAAGUGUCUUCACGUCCGGCGCGCCGGACAAAUAGUGCACGAGAUAUACGUCCGGCGCGCCGGACAAAUAGUGCACGAGAUAUACGUCCGGCGCGCCGGACAAAUAGUGCACGAGAUAUACGUCCGGCGCGCCGGACAAAUAGUGCACGAGAUAUACGUCCGGCAGCAUGUCACGUGACCGCCGGACGGCUAGUAGUUGUUAUUAUUCUGAACGAAGUGCAAUUAGGCAGAUAUUGUGUGGUCUUGUGGUAGAGUGGUCGCUUGACGUUAUUAAUAUUUGAGGAUCAAUACCUGGUAUAGGAUUGUUUUUUUUUCCCAUUUUAAUUUAAAAUAUUUUAUACUAUAUUUAUAGUAUCAUGCAUCAGCAAUAGUAGUUUCAUGAGAAGUUUUAAAAUAUCUUGGUAGCAAUUGAAACAAUUUAAAAUGAAAUCGUUUACUUUUAUUGUUUGCCUACUCCACACUGGCCCCUAAUUUAUUUUAUGGAUUACUGGUACACAAACUCAAAUAACAAACUAAACAAAAAUGUUUACAAGCCACUUUCACUUAAGUUUUUUUCUAUUAUUUGCAUUCAAGAUACUCAGUACAUUACUUGGUAGAGAAAUAUAUUUUAAAAUUAACAAUAGUUUUGAAUCAUUCGCAUUCACGUGACAAGGCUGACCGACAAGAUAUCUCUCGCCACUUUGUUACAGCGGUCAUGUGACUUGGCCGCCGGACAAAUAGUGCGGGAGAUAUAUGUCCGGCGCGCAAGACGUGUAGACACUGCCAAAAAAGCUAAUUAAGUACACAUUAUAUCAUAAACUUAAAUUGUGGUUUAAAACAAUUUUUGACAUAAUUAAUUCGAGGGGGGGUCCUUGAAAGUUUGACAGUUGUUGACAAGGUGGUCAAAAAUUGAUUGACCUAGUUAGUUAACCCUUACUGUUUUUUUUUUUUGUACUGACCUACUUUUUGCUUUUAUUGCCUGAGUACCUGCUAUCAUUUUGCUAAUUAUUCUCUGUGUCCCAGACAUUGACAUUAUUUUGGAAUGAGCCAAAAUUUGAUAGGUUUGCACAUUAUUUUGUAACUUUUUUUUUUGUUUUAAACAAUUUAUAAUGACAUGUAGAGAAUUAUCUGUUCAGAAAUGGAUAAUGAUAAAGGUGUUAAAAAACUAAAGUGUUUUGUUCGAACUUUUCUUUGGCAUGGCACACUAGGGGAUUGUGCGCAAGUCGUCAUCAACAAUAGCGAUAGUGUAGCGCCAUGGAAACAACAAAUAUAGAUCCGCACAAAAAACUCAGUAAUUGGUCAAUUUUAAUCAUUUAAAAGGCAAAUAAAAUUCAACUAUUCCCCUAACGAGUAAACAUUCUGCCUGAGACUGCGGUGAUAGGUUAUAUCCUUGUUUCUGUGUUUAUAUUAGAUACCCCUCUAUGUGGCAAAUAGACGCAAUUGGGUCACAGGGAAAACAAUCGCCUGGUAAAAAAAGACGGCUUGGGUCACAUUGAAAAAGUAGGUCACUGCAAAAAGACGCGUCUGGUACUGUAAAGGUUAAUGGCCGGCCAACUGUUUUUAAGUCGUGUUGAGACUUGCCAAUGUAAUGUCACCGCACUUAGGGUGAGACAACUCUUGGGAAAACCAAUGUAACUAACCACACCUUUACCAAACAGGACAUUUAAAAUCAUAAUCAUUGGCGCAGCGGAUGUCCAAAACAAAAGAAUUACUGUAUUUUCAGGUGUAUAAGACGACCCCUACUUUUCCUGUUGAAAUAUAGGGUUUGGGCUAUACCCGCCUACCCUUCUUCCAACGCACACCAAAUAAAAUUUUAAAAAUGUCAGAUUUGAUUUCUAUAUGGUAAAUUUAAUUCAAAUGCUUAUGACAUGUAGGUACUGACUUAGCAGGAAAACUGUCAUUUAUAAAAAUACGGCUGUUGGUCAUCAAAUAUGUAAACAUAAAACAGUGCAAGGUUCCAUCCCUAAAUGAGAUUUAACACUGCAGUCGCCUCUGCAUGCCCAUUUUGGCCCCACCAACAACUCAAUUGUUUCAUCUCCAUUCACCAGAACCGGAGGGCAAUCAUUAGGCUCCUUUGAUUAAUUUGAUUUAAUGGAUAAAACUUUUUCUAAUUAACUCUUAAGCUGAAUGGAACGAUAAGACAAUAAACCCAUGGGAGCUGUCAUGCUGUUUUCUAAGCUGUCAAUCAAACUGGAACUAAUGAUGAUAGGAGGAAGAUAAAAAACAAUAUUGAGUGGUGGGACAUUAAAUUGUGGGAACUGUUAGUGGAUGACGUUGUAUUACUAAUGAUGUAUUGAACUAUGAGUUUAUAAUGUUGUAUAACUAUUCACGUAUUAAACUGUCCCUCACUCGACCUAUGUGAUGCUGUGGUCUAAGGUACGGUAACUAAGGGUGGCUUAGCUAGAGGGCACGUGUCCAUGCCAUGAAGUUCCAGCACGCCCAAUACCAGCUUAUAAGAUGACCCCCAACUUUUGAAAAGAUUUUCAUGGGUUAAAAAGUCAUCUUAUACACCGGAAAAUACGGUAUUUGCAAUUACCUAUAGCGCUCUUCUGUGGGUGAAAAGUAAUAUUAUUGUGAUGCCAAUUUGGAUUAUAUUUCUUUUUGUUGUUUUAUUUACUUAUGCACGGAUAUCACAUGUACUCGAUCUUACGACAAACUUAGAUAAAUGUCCAAAAACAAGUACUAUCCGUCUGGGUAAAAUCAGCACAAUAGUCACCUCAUAUAAAACAAUGACAACAUGUUUCAUUACAAAAUCCUCUUGAAACAUUUUAGGUCAGGGCAGGAAGUCUUCAGGACCUUGUUUACAAAAGUGGACAGGCUGGUGUAACUAAGGCAACAGUAAGCAUAACAUUUGACAAUCAGGACAAGCAGCAAACUCCUCUGGGCUAUGAACAGUAUGAUGAAAUCACAGUCACUAGACAGGUAGACUUGUUUGGUUUUUUUUUAAAGAAAAAAAAAAGGUUUAGGAAAUUUACCUAAUUUAGAUAGAUUUUUUGUUCAUGAAUGAACCUUGUAACAAUGUUGGUGGUAACACUGUUAGCUAAUUUUUGAGCUCACUGUAAUGGAUGGCUUGCUGGAUUACUUGAAUAGCUAAUUCAUUCCACCGUUCACUCCUCAAACUUAUCUGUUUCUCUCUCUCACUUAAGAAGUGAUAAUGUCCAAUGAAUAAUUGAUACGGUACUUUAUUACAUAUAAUAGAUAAGUUGAAUAAAUCCUUGAUAUGAGGAUAUCCUUGUAACAAUCAUAGAAUGCAAUGAAUAUACAUACACACACAUGUUGAAUAAUAUUCCAUCUGAUAGUAAUUAAAUAAUCCAUUCAAGAAAAAACAAUAUGUCUGUCACCUCUUCAGAUAAAAACCUUACGCUCUUGCUCUACUUAAAACAUGUAUUCUACUUCAGCUCUAAAACCUAGUUCCCGCUUUUCUCGUGAUUUACAUCGUUCUCAUUAAAUCAAUACGCCAUCAUGUCGUGAGAAUGAAUAUUAGGGUCGUGUGAAAAAUCAUACUUGGUCUGUUACAAACUUUUUUUUUUUUUUAAAUAUAUAAUGUAACAAAAAUUAUUUGAAAAUUUAUUAUGCCUUCAUUACUCUGUAUUUCAGGUUGUCAUUGGUGGACGCAACAAGUAUUUGAUAAAUGGCAGCAAUGCCAAUAACAUGCGAGUGCAAGAUCUAUUUCGAUCUGUUCAGCUAAAUGUCAAUAAUCCUCACUUUUUAAUUAUGCAAGGUCGGAUUACCAAAGUGCUAAAUAUGAAACCUCCUGAGGUGUGUAUGAUUUGACACUUUACUUUAUGCUAAUUUUAAUAUAAAUGAUGCUCAUGCUUCUUGAAUAUUAAUAAUCAUUUUAUGAAGCAUUACAUAAUGUUCAUCUAUACAUUUAUUAUUGUUUUCUGGAUACCAGAUACUAUCUAUGAUUGAAGAAGCUGCAGGAACACGGCUUUAUGAAACAAAGAAAGAAGCUGCUCAAAAGACUAUUGAAAAAAAAGAUGCCAAGCUUAGGGAGAUCGACACUGUAUGUUUGUUUAGAUAUGUAUUUUAUUUUUUCAUAGAAAGUCUUAUACGGUCAAAUGUUCUGUCGCAGAGAAAAGUUAAUUACCAUUAUUCUAAAGAAAUGCAGCUCUUAGCUCCAUGUUAGUUAUAGUGGUAAUGAUAGCCAUAAAUGGAAACAAACUUCCUAAUAAAAGUCGGAAUACUAUUAACCUCUAUGUCGAAAACUUUGAAGACUGGCAGCACUGGCAGCAAAACUGAAAACACAAAAUUAAUUUUGAAGAAAAAAAUCCCUUCGACAGGUGCUGAAUGAAGAUAUUACCCCAACACUUACCAAACUUAGGGAGGAGCGCUCUUCCUACCUUGAGUAUCAGAAGAUCAUUAGAGAGCUGGAGCAUUUGAAUAAACUUUAUAUUGCCUACCAGUUUGUUAGCGCUGAGGUAAGAUAUUUGCUGUUCUUAAAUUGACACAUGUAAUGAAAUCAUUUGUUAACCACUGGAUAUUCUUAUCUCAAAUUCCAGGUCUUGAUUUAUAUUGUUUGUACUUUUUAUUUCUUUUUUAGGUAGUAACCUGAACAAUUUAUUCAAUUCUAAUGAUUGACUUCACAAAUAACAUCUUAUCACCUAAAGUAGCAGAAUCAAGUCCUGUCAAAGAUGUCUGACGUUUCUUAAAUUAAAAAUAAAAGAGAGAUCGUAUUAUGCAAUAGAUCCCACUGCUGUUGCUUUGAAAGAUGGCAUAAGAGCUUGUCAAAUUUCUUGUUCAAAACAUGAAUUUUAUUAACUAAUUUAGUUGGCAUAUGUUAAAACAACAUAAACCAGAGUAAAAUGUCCACAUAAAUCUGUGCAUGCUAAAACUUGCUAUCUCACAAAAUUUCAUCCCUCUUUCACAAAAUCCAUCACAACAUUUAGGCAUGAUACCAGUGUCACUGCGUUUAAUUUUUAAUAAGUUUUGAACAAUAAGACUGUUAGUCAUUUUGAAGAUUUUUUUUUUAGGUGGCGCAAAUUAGAUGUAAGACAUUUUCAGAUGACAUUACACUAAAUAAAAUGUAGCAGCAGUCACUACACAGGCUAACACAAGUUCAUAUACCUUUGUAACUUAAUAUCUACAUAGUGCGUGAUACACAUAACCCUCAUUUUGACCAGAGAGUAAAAGAUAGUUCAGUCCAUUUGGGUUACUUGAAAUUUGGGUCAUUAAAGGUAUUUCGUUGAUGAAGUCUAUUGAUAGAAAAACCUUUAAAAAAUAAUUAACCCUAUAAUAAAUAAUUUUAUCUUUAUAACAAAAAUUUAGGAAAGAAAAAAGAAAUCUGCCGAAGAACUGGUUGAAAUGCAGGAGGUCAUUCUAAAAACAAAAGCCAGAAUGGAUGAAGUGAGUAACUUUGGCUGCUUUUCCUUGAUUUAAAAUUAAUUUAAUACAUUUUUAGGAGGUGACUUUUACAUGGUUAUUUUUUUACACAAAUGUGUAUAUGAAAAUAACUUUUUAAUAAAAUACAAUUGCAGAAUAUAUCUUGGAUGGCUUGACGACCGUAAUUUUUUUUAAACCAUUAGAUCUUGCUAAACCUAUUGUCUAAACAGAAAUAACAGAAUCUGUAAACUAGACUCGGCGUGAAUUAAGGUGUUAAUUAUAACAUUGUUAUGUGUACAAGGAAUCUUGUUAUGUUUAGGAAUUAGUGGUUUAUUGAUGGGGAGGGUUCGUGCCCCCAGUUGUACCACUUUACUGAGGUAAUCUCUUCAAAGUCUGCAGGUCUCUUGUCCUUAUUUUAACGUUAUCCCGGCAUUGACCAGUAUCAAGAGCUACCCGAACAUGUUAAAAGGCUGAGAAUUUGUGACGAUAUGUGAUAAAUGUGUCUCAUUUGUGACAUGUGGGCGGGGGGGGGGGGGCAAAAAUCAUCCAAAAUAGCAGGAUAUUAUGUACGGAUGGCCCCACAAGAAAAAUUAACUGAAGUGAAGUGUAUGUGCACAUUUUGCAAAUGUAUUGUUUUAGAAAAUAAUUGGGGGGGGGGGGGGGGGGGGGGCAAAAAUCAUCCAAAAUAGCAUGAUAUUAUGUACGGAUGGCCCCACAAGAAAAAUUAACUGCAGUGAAGUGUAUGUGCACAUUUUGCAAAUGUAUUGUUUUAGAAAAUAAUCAAGUUGCAAGGAAAUGUUGCCAAAUGUUUUUAAGAACGAUUCGGGGACAUGGCUUUUCUAAUUGCUUCCAUCAUGGACCACUAGUUAAAACAAGGCAAUCACGUGACUUUUGGAGACCCCCUUGUGACUUUUUGUUUUGUGCCCGCUGCAUAUAAAGUUGAUUUAUGUUUAAUUUUUAUUUCCACAUCACAACUUUGGACCCUUAAAUAUCGGAGGCCAACUUGAUUGGUCUGAGUUGAAAAUGUUAUAUUAUUUCUUCUUAAUGGCAGUGGCAACAGCAGGGAUGAUAGUGGAUGUCUAAACUAAAAACAUAGUUUUGAAGUUAACAGUUAAAUGCCUUGCAGCUCGCUACAAGGGAAAAAGUUUCACUCAAUCCAUUAUUUCUUAAAAGCUUUGACCUCUAGGUUCAGACCUAUUUUACUAUGAUCGAUAUAGCAAAUCGUUUUGGUUAAAAUUGUAAUUAUUGGGUAUCCAUCUUUUAAAAAUCACAGAUCAUGAAAUGUAAAAUAAAGACAGUUUCAAGUGUAAUUUGCAAAGGCAAAGAUCAAAUUCGACAAUCAAUUGAGAAAAAUGGUCUUAACAAUUAUAACUUCAUGUUACUAUAUUAUUGUUUCUUUCAAACUUAGUGUUUGAUCUAUGUAGUUACAUUUUGAUUUGGUCAAAGCAAGAUAGAAUUAAUUGUAUGGUACUAUGAGCUUAGUUAAAUUAAUUUUAUUAACCUUGUUUGCUUUUUUUUUAAUAAACAGAUCAAGAACAAAAUUUCAGACAUUGAUGCAAUGAUAGCUGAGUUGGAAAGCAGGAGGAAUAAGGUAGGUAAGAAAUAAUAAGUGUUUCAGCAGAUGUUCAUGGAUAGUGCAGACCCGUUUACCCUCAAACUCUUAAAAUAAUACAAUAUCAUCACAAAAUCGUUCAAUGCAGUAUCUUAAUAGUUUAGUAUAAAAAAAAUAUGGUGUAUAUAUAAUAAAUACACCCCAAAAUCGUCCAUUGUACGCCAAAAUCGUAAGAGUAAACAGGUCUGAUAGUGAAUGAACUCAAUGCAUCUCUACCAAUAAGUGCCUCAUAGUACUUAAGUAAAAGUCUUUUUAAUUUUUCUGCCAUAGUGGUUAGCAUCUUUUGUCAGCCUUUAAUUUAAUUCUCAACAAAAUGCAGGAAUCUGGCAGUGUGAUGUCCAAACUUGAGACAGAAUUAGCAGAGAAAAAGUCUCUAGAUGUCAAAGUCCAAGGUGCUAUCAACGCCAAGAAAGAUGCUCUUAAGUCAGAACAAAAGAGGGAAAAAGAAAUCAAUAAGAAUAUUGCAGAUGUGAGUAUCUAAAAUAUUUUUAUUUUAGAAUCACUUAAUGCUGUUCAACUACAUUGCAGGUACAAAAAAUUCAUUAAGAAUGUUUACAAACACAAAAUAUACAGCAUUUUUUUGUUUUAGAAUAAAGCCACCAUUGUCAGUAGAGGGAAAGAUUUGAAUAAGAUUGAAGCCAAUGCAGAGAAAAUGAGAACUGAAAAGGUCAAUGCUGAGAAAGACUAUGAGGCAGCAAAGAAACACUAUCAGGCCGUUAGUGCUGGGUUGUCUGCCAAUGAAGAUGGCGAAGCAGCAACUCUUAAUGAUCAACUCAUAAGUAAGUCGGGGGGGGGGCAACAGCACAUUUAGUGUAUUUCAACUCAUCUCAAUAAAGAUAGAACUUUAACUCUUGUAUAGUUGUUUAUUCUCAACUAUUCUUGGAGGGGUGGGGUUUAGUUUCAUAGACUGGAUUAGGGAUCAUAAUUUAUUCAAGUUAUAAUUUGACAUGUCUGGAUUUUUAUUUUAAAUCUUUUAUUGUGUUGUAAACAGCUGCCAAGAGUGAUAUAAGUAAAGCAGAAACAGAUACUAAACAAGCUCUAAUGAGGUAAGUGUUCUUGUACUUACUUUGAAAUUUUUUGUCUAUAUUUUUAUUGUAUUUGUAGAAAAAGGGGGGGGGGGUGUCAGACAUGUUUACUCUUAUGAUUUUGGCGUACAAUGUACGAUUUUGAGGUGUAUACAUUGUAUAUACUGUAUGUUUAUUUUUUUGCUAUUAAGAUAAUGUAUUGAACAAAUUUUUUUAUGAUAUUGUACUAUUUCAAGAGUUUGAGGGUAAACAGGUCUGAUGUGUUAAAAAGUGCUUACAAUGUUUCUCAAAUAAAUAUAUAUGUAUACAUGUAUAUAUAUAUAUAUAUAUAAAUAAAUGUUGAAGUUGAAGAACACACCUCAAAGUAUCACUAUGCUUUAAAAAAUUUUUAAUAGUUUGCUUAGGUUUAGAAAUGAUAAACCUUACGUUUAAAGCAAAUGGGAUAUACAGAAUCUUUUUUUUUUCAACACACGAAAAUGCAUGUUGCUUUAAUUCUAAUGGUUUGUUUGUUUUGCCAGUCGGGGCCUUGUUAAAAAUAUAAAUUUCCGUUUUUACUUUUCUUAGGUUUCAGUUUUAUAAAUUUAGUAACAAUUUGGAAAAACCACAUAACACAAUCAAAUCAUGUCAGUCUGCACAGUCAUAAUUAUGCUUCCCAAGUUGAUUUAACGAUAUCAUAAAAUAAGAUAAGAUUCUUUUAUUGGUCCAAAUAAUUGGAACUUUUUUUAUUACACUGUGCAUAUUCAUUUUCAGCACAUAAUCAUAAAUUAAUAAAUACAUAUUUUAACCAAGAAAAGUGUAAAAUUAAAAUAAUUUAAACACAAGAUAUCUAAAGUAUUUAUCAGCGAACUCCCUCAGUGACAAUAUUGACUUAAUUAGUGAUCAUUUAGAUUUGGUAACCUCUGGGGGAGCACACUAGUAAAUUCGUACAGACGGGAACUUUUUUUUUUUAUAUUUAAGAUGUUUAAUAAAGCAUUGCAUCAUUUUGAUCUGCAAAGAGUUUUUUUUUAAAUUUAUUUAUUUUUUAUGUAAUGCAUGCCCAAAUGGAAGGAAUGCAUAUCUUUGAAUUUAAAUUAAAGGUUAAAUUAAAAUAUUAAUUUUUACAUUACAUAAUUUAGACUGAAGCAUGCACAGCAAGAGAUCAAGACAAAAGAGUCAGAUUUAAAGAAAACUGAACUGAACUAUAAAAAGGACCAGGCCACUUAUGAAGCAGUGAAAAAGAACCUCAGCAAACUGGAGGUUUGUGUCUUUAAAUAAACACUAGUUAACACCUCAUGAUUAGGAUAUUAUUAUUUUUUUUGUUGCUGGUUUCCUAUCAAACUUAAAAUCAGAAAUUGGGAUGUUUGUUUAACUGAAAUAGUAUGCUUAUCAAUAAAUUAUGAAAACAAGUGCUGUAACAAAAUAAAGCUUAUUCAUUAUUCUUAAAAAGCUGAAAUAUGCAUAUUUUUAAUAAAAUGUUUCUAAAAAUCAGCAAAAUUUCUCUUUAGUAAUUUACUUUACAAUUCAUGAUUUAAUUAAAAGUAUUUAUGAUUAAAUGAUCAAACUUUUCCCCUUAGUCUUAACUUGAAGUUGGAAGAAUACAAAUAGAAUUUUGUGAUGGUCACUUUUUCUUCCAGCCUGCUACCUAAGCAUUUAUUUGAUUUAUGUACGUAACAAAACAAUUUAUAAUCUAUAAUUUCUUUAGGAUGAGAUGAAGAAGUUUGGGUAUGAAGAAGGCUCAGAGGAAACAUUAGCUGGAGAGAGGAGGACACUUGUUGGUGAGGUCCAGCUUCUUAGAGAGAGGGUUUUAACUCUCGAAGCCAGGUAAGAUUUGCUUGGUUAGCAACAAAAAGAAUGCUUUCUACUUAUAGUUGCUUGGCUAACAUAGAUUUCUACUUAAAAAUUCCUACUCCAUUGGCAAAUAACAUGAAGUAGUUUGACAAAAUUUUUAAAAUAGAGACUUAUAAAUUCUGUAUGGUCUUGAACGAGCAAAUAUGUAGAUUAAAAUCUGCAAGUAAAUAAUUGAAUGUGAAAAAAAUUAAUUUAAAAUGUCAUACAUACAUUUAAUGAAGAAAUUACACUAUUUAUUCUCUCAUGCUCAGUUUUGUGUGUGCUAACUACAGCUAUGUAAUGAAAUUUAAUUGAUCUUCUUACAGGUACCCAAACCUUAAAUUUGAGUACAAAAACCCAGACAAAAACUUUGAUCGGAAUAAAGUUUCAGGAUUGGUUUGUAGACUGUUUGAUGUGAAGGAUCCCAUUCAUUCUACAGCCCUUGAAGUAACAGCUGGAGGAAAGGUGGGCCAUAAAUCUGCAGUUAUAGAUGGAUAGUUUUAAUUGAGAAAUUUAUUUUUAUAUUAUGUGCGAACAUUGUUUAUCUUGUUGCUCUUAAGUUUUUAUUUUAUUAUUGACAGCUGUACAACGUUGUUGUGGACAAUGAAAUGACUGGCAAGACUCUUCUUAAGAAUGGAGAACUGAAGAGGAGAUGUACCAUCCUUCCAAUCAAUAAAAUAACCAGCAGGUCAAUUGAUGAUGCUACACUAAAGAGGGCACAAGAAUUAGUAAGUCCUUUUAUACAUUCCCACUCCUGUUUUAUUUUUAAAGUUAAUUUGUCUAUGGUGGUAAAUUUGUAUUUUUAGAUUAGCUAAAAUUGUUGAAAAUGAACAGAUAACUUUUAGGUAAUAUUUAUAGUGAUCCCAUUUAGGAAAAAUAUACAUUUUGGUGGUGUUGCGACUUGAUCCUUAGCUUAUGCUUCCUGUCUGAUAUGACGCACAGCCAUCCUAAAAGCAACAAAAAGAUCUUGUGAGAUGAUUGAGUGGUAGGGUUGAGCGCCACUAUAAAAACAUAACCAAUAUUAUCACAUAGCCAAUAUUAUCAAUGCCCAGCUAAGGGUCUUAUUGGUUUUGAGAUCCCAUGAAAAUGGAAAAGGUUUUGCUUUCCUAAGCCAAUAUCUCCAUUCAUGCUACAAAAUAAAUCUCUUCACGAUUAAUUUAUUUAAGAGUCAUGGUUUAUUGUUACCUUGGGAAUAAACUACAGAUAAUUGUUAUAAAAGAAGUAUUUCAAUAGUUAUUGGUUUGUGUUUUUUUUAGGUUGGUAAAGAUAAAGUUAAAAGUGCCCUUUCCCUGAUCACCUAUGACAAGAAAUUCCAACCUAUCAUGGAGUUUGCCUUUGGAUCUGUGCUUGUUUGUGCUGAUAUAGAUUCUGCCAGCAAGGUAGCUUAUGAUCCAAAGAUCAUGAAGAAAUGUGUGACUCUAGAGGGGGACACUGUUGACCCGGCUGGUACACUUUCUGGAGGUAAGAUGCUCUUAUAGUGAUUUUGAUUUAUUUGGGAUCAUUUCUUAUCAUAAUGUGCUUCAAUGAAGUAAAAAAAAAUAAUAAUUUUUUUUUUAGCCAGUUUAUUUCAAUUACAAAAUGACCACUUUGCCCUGCUUACUUGAGUCCAACAUUUCCUCAAUGUAUCAAUAAUAAACUGUUAUGUUUCUAGUGAUUUAAUUAUUUAAUUUAAAAAGUAUGUAUCUUUUGUAUGUGUUGGUUCAAUCUCUUAAAUGAAAUCCUUUUAAACAUAUUCACCCUGGCUCUGACCUUUAAAUGAAUAAAAAAAAAUUGUGGUCAUUAUAACCGUCUGUCAAAAGAAUAUCACAUAUCUUUUUACUCUGAAAGGUGCAAGAACACAAAGUGCCUCUGUGUUGGCAAUGCUUCAAGAAAUGCGACAAAUGGAGGAAGAGCUAAAGACUAAAUCUGAUCGUUUGGCUCUGCUAGACCAACAGCUGGGUGCAAUGAAGAAGGUGGCCGGCAAGUAAGUUAUGUAUUUACAUUUAUCAUUUUGUAAAUUUAGUUGAACUUACUACUGAACAAUUUGUUUUUUCUCUUCAAUACUCAAAUCAAUAAAUCUUUUACAAUCUUCUGUACCGUGACUAUUGUAUUAAACGUACAUGGGGGAAGGGGGUGGGGGCUUAAUUCACUAGGGCAGUAAAACAUAAAUAAAGAGAAAUAAUUUUUUUUUUAAAUUAUAGAUUGCACUAACUAUAAUUCAUAUUCUGAAAGCUUUUCAACUUUUCAAAUCAUUUUUUUUUUCAUCUAAUAAUUCUUUCACUAUACACAUAUUUUACAAUCCGUUUUUGGUAAUUUUUUUGCUUCAUUCAUUGGGCUCUAACCGUUUUUAUCGUUAAGAUAACCAAGAAUAUACAUUUAUAUUUGAAUAAUAAACUUCAGCAUUGAAAAAAUAUCAGGGUUUUUUUUUGUGUGUCAUUACACAAGAUUUACAUUAAAUUAUUUCUAUUUCUUUCUUUUUUUUUUUUUUUUUUUAAUACCAGAUAUACCGAAGCUAAGCAGCAGUAUGAUCUAAAAGUUCAGGUUUUUUUUUUUUUUUUUUUUUUUAUAUUUUUUUUUUUAUUUUUUUUUUUUUUUUUUUUUUUUUUUUUUUUUUUUAAUACCAGAUAUACCGAAGCUAAGCAGCAGUAUGAUCUAAAAGUUCAGGAAGCCGAGCAGUUGAGAGUCAGGCUUGAACAGAGCAGUCAUCACCAACAGUUAGAAGAGGUCAAUGCCCUUAAAGCAUCUGUUGGUGAGUUCAGUGUGGGAAUAUCUCACAGUAUUAAAAUGUUUUGUUAUCUAAGAUUUAAAUUAGUUAAACUCUUGCAGCUUUUAAAGUUAUUUCAUUUGUUUGCAUAUUUUAAAAUGUUUUCAUGCUAUUGACAUAAAUUCUUAUUUCAAUAUGAACACCAGCAAAAAAAAAUCAGUUUAGUUGGAGUUAUUUAUAUUGCAUUUAAAACAUUUUAACUAUACUUACAUUAGGUAAAAUUUCUGAAGUAAAAGGUUGUGUCUUGUUUGUAUCCUGCCUACUAUGUUUACUAACAAGGUUGGUGUUCUGCCAAGGGGCCUGGUUGUCUGAAUAAUCUAUUUUUACUAUUCACUCAGCUAUGUGUAUAUUUUAUAACUGAUAUAUAAAAAUCUUAUUUGGCAAUUUCACAUAUACAUUUCUUGAUGAAGUGUCCUCAAUUGCAUUGUUAAAAUUCAGUCAAGAAUAUAUCUUUUUUAAGCAGCACGAAUUUGAUUAAUUCACCUUGCACCCUAAUCUAUCUGCCUCUUCUUCUGUUUCUUCAUUAGUCAUCAGGUCUGUACCAUUGUCACAAAUAUCAGUACAUGAGAAUGUUACAUGAUUAUUUUUAUUUAUUUUUAUUUAUUUUUUUUUGCUAUGCUGUGGUUGUGUAUUUACAGAGGAACAGAACAGAAUUCUUAAAGAGGCACAAGAGAUCCAACAAAAGGCAAAGCAAAAAGUCAAAGACCUGGAGGACAAGCUGGUGAAUGCUUCAGCUUUAAGAGAAAAAGAACUUAAAGAAGCUGAGCAAAGAGUGGCAAAAAGCAAGAAAGUCAUGGAAGAGGCUAUCGUUAAAUCUAAGGAUGAUUUGCAGGUCUGUGGUGAUGAUUCACUUUCAGCCAGUUACAUGGUUUUUAUGAAUUGAAAUAUCCUUAAUUUAAUGGUAAUUUGUAUGUGUGCAGGUGUAUGUAUUUUUUUUUAAUAGCCAUUUUAGUUUAGAGGUAUGCAGCUCAGCAUUUUAUUCAUUUUUGAAACUGAAACUUUUUAUUCAUAAAAUACAUUAAACAAUUCAGGAAGUUGACAGCAUCAGACUUGAAAUAGAAACAUUACAGAAAGAAAUGCAAUCAUACCAUGAACAGCUUGAGGCCGUUGCUGAAUCAAUAGCGUCUAUUGAUCAGGGCCUCAAGGAACUGGAUGAGGAACAUCAGGCAUCAAAGGUGAGGUUAAACAUUAAUUUUAAAUCAUUUUUCUUAAAGUAUGAAUAGGACACUUGAUUAAAAGGUUAAAUAUUUGAACAAGUUUGGGAUCAUUUUAACAUUUCCCUACGUUUCUUCUGACAGGCCCAGGUGCAGCAGGCACAGGAUGCCCUGAAUAAACAUAAAGAAACACUGAAAUCAUACAACCAGGAUAUUGCACAAAAAGAUGGAGAAAAGAAAGAGCUUAACAAAGAAUUCAAUGACGGUGGGCUUAGAAUUCAAGAGCUUGAACACAAAAUUGCAAAGUUUCAAAAAGACUCUAAGGAAUCAAAUAGAUAUGUAAGCUUCAUUGGCUUUUUUUUUUCUUCCCUUAGCUUGUGAUUAAUCUGUGCCAUUUCCUCUUCUAAUCUAAAUACCGUACAUGAAAUUUCAUGAUUUUUCAAACUAGACGUACAUCAUUUGGCACAGUGAUACUUGGGAAUUAAUGUUUUCAAUCAUGAUGUUGCUAACAUUAUACAGCAACUUACACCAUAUAGCUCAAUGGUACUAGAAGGGUUUAAAAGAAUAUAGAUAGAUUAAUGCUGGUCCAUAAUUAUUCCAUUUUGUUCCAUUGAUAAAGUUACAAUUUUGGGAACCUCCAUGACUUAAUGUCACAUUAAAAAUUUUCAGGUUGAGUCCCUGUUAGAAAAGUAUGACUGGAUUGCAGAUGAACGCCAAUUCUUUGGGCAGCCCAACAGCAUUUACGACUUCACCACACAAGAUCCAAAGGAAGCUGAGAAGAGAAUACAGAAGUUGACAGAGACUAAAAAUAAACUUUCUAAAAAUGUCAAUGUGCGAGCCAUGAAUCUUCUGGGCCAUGCAGAUGAACAAGUUAGUGCACCUGUCAAAUGCUGUUUUUUGUGUGUGUCGUAAAUAGUUAUUUCAAAUUAUACUUUUAUCUAUUUGUUUCUUUACACCCCCUGAUUUUGGUUUGUAUUUUUACAAUCAAAUCUCAGUGUUUACAUAAUUGCCUAUCAAUGUGUUAUAAAAUUCAAUAAUAUAAAAAAAAUGACAUGCCUAUAACUAUUUGAUACAUUGAUUUUAUUAAUUAAAUAAUGUAUCUUGGGAAAUGGUGGGAAAUAUAUCUUUAGAUUUAGAUGACGUAAUUGAAUGCAAUUUUGUUAAAUCUAGUAUACAGAUUUAAUGAAGAAGAGGAAAGUUGUGCUCAAUGAUAAGGCCAAAAUUGCUUCUGUUAUUGAAGAGUUGGAUAAGAAAAAGAAAGCAGCCUUGAUAAAAGCAUGGGAACAAGUGAACAAGGUGAGACAUUUCAUUCAUAGAAGAUAAGAAAAAGUAAUAAUAAGACAUCUUUUUUUAAACAUUGUUAUUGAUUGUUAAUGCAUUGUUUAAUUCACUGCGUUAUAGAUGGGUUCUGUUACAUAUCACUUUUCAUUUUAUAUUUUCCUCUAAUUUAGGACUUUGGGUCAAUCUUCUCUACACUCCUUCCUGGAACUCAAGCCAAACUAUGCCCUCCUGAAGGCCAAUCUGUGUUAGAUGGUUUAGAGGUCAAGGUUGCCUUUGGUGCUGUCUGGAAAGAAUCUCUGGGGGAACUUAGUGGGGGUCAAAGGUUAGUAGAAUGUUUUCAGCCAUGUUAACUUGUUUUAGUUCAGAUUUGGGCUUGAUACCUUAUCCUUUUAUGAAAGAGUCUAUAAUAAAUAAGUCAAUCUACAAGAGCAUUGAUUCAAAAAUCUGUGUGACCAUUUUCAGUCAUUUUAUCAGAAGGAUAGGAACGAUUUAGCUAUUCCGGGUUUUUUAAUUUCUCUGAAUGGCUGCUGUUUUUCUUCUAGAAAACAUGUCAAUUUUUAGGGUCAUUUUCUAGAUCAUCUUUAGGAGUCGUUCGUAAAUUACGUCAUGCAAAAAAAUGACCAUUUUAGACACACGCACACACACACACAGUGUCACAUCACACCUAAAAAAAUCAAAACAUACAUAACAAUUUUCAUAACUCAAGUAAGAUUUUAUUUUAUUCUUUAACAUUUUCCCAUAAUCGAUUAAGACGUAAUAUUAUUAGAAAAUUGUGACGCGAAACAAUGAAGUCAUCCACAAGCCCAAUGUAAAUUGGCCACAACAGUUUUUGCAUCAUUUUUCUAUAUGCGCAAAAGGUGUGAGCGACUGAGUUUCAUAGUACUUAUAAUACCUGAGGCAAUUUCGACCUCAAAUUAAUGUUUUUAAAAUUAAUUAAAUAAAGAUUUUUCAAAAUUAGAAAAUUUUAGAUUUUAACAAAAAUUGACGUCACAAAUUUUGUUACCCUCCCCCUGUCACAAAGUGUCACAAAUUCUCCACAAUCAAUAAUUUUAUAUAGGAUUAUUAGGAUUAUAUCAUUUGACUAUAAUUUUUAGUAUACUUUUCCCUCAAAAACUCUUUUUAAUUUGAUUUUAAUUCAUUUAUAUUAAAACUUGCAACACAGCUUUGACAGACCAGUUAUAUAUCAUUGGGUUAGAUAAACAAAUGCUGUGGCUUAUUAUAAAUUGCUAACAUUUCUUAAUAUGCUACCUAAAAGUCCAGCUUUGAAUUCUAAGUUCCAUGUUUAAAAAAGCCAGAUGUGCGUGGUAAAAACAAAUAUUAAAAAUCUAAAUUUUCAGAUCACUGGUGGCUCUGUCGCUGAUCCUUGCAAUGUUGCUGUUCAAACCUGCCCCAAUCUAUAUUCUUGAUGAGGUCGAUGCUGCUCUGGACCUGUCCCACACACAGAACAUUGGCCAGAUGAUCAAGUCUCAUUUCAAGCAUUCUCAGGUAGGGGGUGGUUUCUUUGACUUGUUAAGUCUGUUCACAUUCCUGGUAAGCAUUUAAUAAAUAGAUUGGUAAUAUAAUGGUUGAGCAUGUUAGAAUAUUGGAUUCUGGUGUUCUACAGCCGGUCACAGUUAUUGUUUAAAAUAAAUAUAAGGCCUGUAUAAAUGUGUUUUUUCUUGCAUAGUUCAUCGUGGUCUCACUCAAAGAUGGAAUGUUCAACAAUGCUAAUGUGCUGUUCCGCACCAAGUUUGUUGACGGCGUAUCCAUGGUGACCAGGCACGUCCAGCUACAGCAGCACAAAGCACUGGGCUCCUCGUCACGCUCCGAUAAAGAAAAUGACUCCACCACCGGUAAAAACCAAGUGAAAAAAUUGAAGAAGUAAAAAAAAAAGAUUCUUUAUUGACCAACCAAACUUUUUCCUUGCUUAAUUCAUUUUUGAAUUAGAAAAAUUUUCAAGGAAGAACUCUAUGUUCUUUUGGAGAUUUGUAAAACAAUCCUCACUGCCUUUCCCAUUUAAUGAUUUUCUUAACAUGUAUACAUUAAACAAACAAAAAAUUGUGUCCUUUCACUUAUCAAUUCAUUAAAAAUCUAUAACAUCCUCAC